AUGACCCUCCUAGGUGAGGAGGUAGAAUGCCUGGGAAUAGCUCCUCUCAACCCUAAGCCCUUCCUGAAUAGUCUGGCUGGAAACCGAGUUAUCAUAAAGCUGAAAUGGGGCAUGGAGUAUAAAGGGAACCUCAAAUCUUUUGACGCCUACAUGAACAUACGGCUGGCCAACGCGGAGGAAUGGAUUCACGGAGAGUACAAAGGCACCCUGGGGGAGAUAUUCCUGAGGUAG